AUGCCAAAUAAACAAAAGGGAAAGUGGGAUGAAACGAGCAUGAAAAAGGCUGUGGACCAUGUACUGUCAGGGAAAUAUAGCAUUAGGGAGGCAGCGUUCCACUUCUCUGUUCCUAAAAGUUCUUUAGGAGACAGGGUCGCGACUCUCCGAAAAGGAAAUGCCGUUAAAAUGACACCUGCAUUAGGAAGAUUUGAAAAUACAUUUAAUGUUGACUUAGAAAAUGAACUAGUGGGACACCUUAAGGAUUUGGAUAAUCGUUUUUUACCAGUCAACAAAAAGGAAUUUUUAACGUUAGCAUAUGAUCUCGCUGAGCAUUUCAAAUUACAGCAUCAAUUUAGUAAAACAAAAAAGACAACAGGAAAUAAAUUUUAUCGUGGGUUUAUAAACCGGCAUCCAGAAUAUUUGUUGCGUUCUGCCCAAUCAACUAGCCUUCAGAGAGCGCAAGGAUUUAACAAGCAACAAGUGGAGGCCUUUUUUGAGAAGCUGGAGAACCUGAUGAAGAAAUAUUCCUUUUCCCCAAGUAGGAUUUUUAACUGCGAUGAAACCGGCGUGUCUGUGGUACAUUCUAACGCACUAAAAGUUUUGUUAUUAAAGGGAAAAAAACAGGUCAGCAAACUAACAUCUGGUGAAAGAGGGAAAAAUAUAACUGUAAUGCUUUGUAUAAAUGCUGCAGGAGACCAAUUUAUACCACCUUUAUUUGUUUUUCCAAGGGAAAGAAUGGAUGUUAAACUUACGAAAGAUGCACCGGUUGGAAGCAUUUUUGUCGCUCAUCCAACUGGAUGGAUAACCGCCCAAGGAUUUUUAAAAUUGUUAAAUGCAUUCGUGGAUCGAGUUAAUCCGACUGAGGAAAACCCAAUUCUUUUAAUAUUGGACGGCCAUAGCACACAUAAAGAUCUGCAAGUUGCAUAUAAAAAUAUGCAAAAGAACACCACGUUCACAUCCUAA